AGAAGUGUAAUUAAUUGUCCCAACUUGCUCUCGGCGAGUUGGGCCUUUUAUUUAUUUAAUUAGAAAUCAUAAAAAUAGAAUUUGUUAAUUAAUGAAAUAAACCCUCAACAUGACGGUGAAACCUCGAGACGUACCAGAUAAUGACGAUGACCCCGUCGAAACCAUGCUGAAGAAAACUGGAUGCCUUGAAUUACAUUAUAAAGUGCAGGAGUGCAUAGCCACCACAAAGGAUUGGAGAAAAUGCCAAACAGUAGUCGAGGAGUUCCGCACUUGUAUCGGCAAGCACAAGCAGGAGGAAAUGACCAAAGCCAAGAACUAACUCUUAAGCUAACUCUGAGGAGCGUGGCAUCAUAAACAUCAAGAAUUAGCUUAGGCACAUCACCAUACCCUGGCGUUUUGGGUGCAGGAAUGAUUUUGUGUAUUUGUACUUUGUUUAUUGAUAAAUAAUUACUAAAGUAUGAAUUAACCUUUUGUACGCCAAGAACAUCGUCCGUCGUCGUCGUUACUUGUCGUGCCCACCGCGCCAUGGACAACUAUACUGUCCGCGCGCGAAUUCCGUGCACGGGUGAGGAAUGUUGGGCGUCAUGACAGAGUGGUGUCAUUUUGUACGUACGGGCGCGGCGCACCCCCCCCCCCCCCCCCCACUUCCUCGACCUCCGAAUGCACGGAAUUAGCGCGCGGACAGUAGGUGUUAUGACGUACGCUGUCAAAGUAAGCUUCACACUUUCAAGUAAGGUUUACAUUAGCUCGCUUGCGCCUGGGGCCUUGGCGUGUGUGACGUUUUUGUAUUGUUUAUAACGUUUAUAAGACAGUACUCAUGCUCUGAAUUUUCGAAAAAUAUCAGCUUAUAUGAUAAAUGUGCCUAAGAUGAAACAAGCGCGCGGUUGUUUUAUGCGAUAAACGCAGCGUUGAGAGCAUGCGUUAUCGGAAUGUAUGGAAAUUUACUAUGCGCGGUUACCGCAACGUUUACCGCGUAAAACAAUAAUAGUGUCAUUAGAUUAUCUAAUAUAAAAUGUCAUUUUUCCUACAUUCCGUAGAUCGCAUGCGUUCAACGCUGCGUUUAUCGCAUAAAACAACCGCGCGCUUAAGAUGCGUAAAGUAGCGCAAAAAUUUAAUAUAUUGUAGAUACAGUGUAUGUUGAUAGCGGAAGAUGAUGAGGCAACAAACCUUGUACUUGUUAUCACAUAAUAUAUUAAGCCAUCUGCUUCAACUGUUAAAGGCCAGAGCGCACGUGCGCUAAAAUGUUGGAGCUGUUCACGCACACGUCACGCAUGCGGUGUGCCGUCGCUCAUAAGAAACUGUAUAAUACAACACGCACGUGCACCUCUACGCACUCGCAGCCGGUGUGUACAGGCGGUACAAACGGUAGCUACAAUAUUUUGUAAUAAUAACGCGCGUCGACUAUCUUAAUUUUUAUGCUGGCAUUAUUUAUAUAAAUUAAUAAC